CAGAAGCCCACUGCUCACCCGCUGUGCCGCUGCAGCUCUCGCACGCUCGGGCCUGGCUCUCGGGGUGGCCACUCGCGGAACCACUUCCGGCUCUGUCCGCUUGUGGCGUCCCCUCAUCUGCUCUCCGAUGUCGACACUCCGGUGUCUGCAAGUUCCGAGGCUGAUGCUUCUACGGGACAAAGGCAGAGCCACCAAGGCUGCCAUCAGACCAUUCUGCAGGGAGGAGAGUGUUUCCCAGCUGGCGCUGGCCCCAGGAGCGGAGUGGGAAGCAGAGUGCUGCAGGUCAUAAGCCAUGGCCUGGACUUCCGUCCUGCUCAUGCUGGUGGCCCACCUGACAGGUUGUGGCCCUCAGCCCAUGCUGCAUCAGCCACCGUCUGCCUCUUCCUUGCUUGGAACCACCAUCCGCCUCUCCUGUGCCCUGAGCAGCAACCAUAACAUCAACAUUUACAGCAUUUACUGGUACCAGCAGCUUCCAGGCCACCCUCCCAGGUUCCUGCUGAGAUAUUUCUCAGGCUCAGACAAGCACCAGGGUCCCAAGAUACCUCCUCGAUUCUCCGGAUCCAAAGACGUGGCCAGGAACCUGGGGUAUCUGAGGAUCUCUGAACUGCAGCCUGAGGAUGAGGCUGUAUAUUACUGCGCCAUGGGGCUCCGGAGCCAGGAAAAGGAGAACUGGAUGCUGAGGGAGAGAGGAAGAGAAAAGUAGUUUACAGAUUCGGAAUCCCGGGCUCUGGAGACAUUCAGACCCUAAUCUGAAGGUGCCGUUUGCUUUGCUCAGUUAGGCUGGUAUAGGAAGGAGGGGUAGAGCAUUGGGACUUCGAAGAGCCAAGAAGAUGGAGCCAUUCAGCUUU